GACAGGCGAUAUAAGUACAGUGCUGCCCUCGGAUUUCUGAAUGAACUUGUAGUAAGUGAACAAUUUUUCGGGGAAGGGGAAAAGCUAAAUAAGUUAGGCUUUUGUAGCGCAAAUUCGUGUUUUGUUUUUGUUGGUAUAUCGGACGGUUUCUAAUUCCAUCGAAAAUGAAAGUCAUCAUCGGGAUCAGCGGCAUCACCAAUGGUGGGAAAACCACUUUGACCAAUAGACUUGUCAAAGCCCUGCCAAACUGUUGUGUUGUGCACCAAGACGAUUUUUUCAAGCCACCGGAUCAGAUAGAAGUUGGGGAAGACGGCUUUAAGCAGUGGGAUGUGAUAACUGCCAUGGAUAUGGAGGCAAUGACCAACACAGUUAAAGCCUGGAAGGAGAACCCGGUCAAGUUUGCCCGUACUCAUGGUGUGAAUUAUUCUCUGACUUCUGAUGGGACGGAUCCAGAGAAGGAAGUUCACCUGUUGAUUGUGGAAGGCUUCUUGAUAUACAAUGACAAGCUAUUGAAAGACCUGUUUGAUCAUCGCUUUUUCCUGGCUGUUCCAUAUGAGGAAAGCAAAAGGAGAAGAAGUUCACGGACUUACACAGUCCCUGACCCACCUGGCUUGUUUGAUGGACACUGUUGGCCCAUGUAUUUGAAGCACCGAAAAGAGAUGGAGGAGACAGUUUCUGAUAUAGAGUACCUGGAUGGCCUAAAAUCGAGAGAUGAGCUCUUCACUUGCGUGUAUGAAAAAAUUCAGAAUACAUUCUUGAAUUGCUCCUAGGGCUUGUUGAAUACUGAAGAGACCUGUACAGUUCACUUGUAAAUAGACAUUUUGCUGUAGAUAAAUAUUUCUUGCCUUGCCAUGUCUGAUGUACAUACUUAAAACUAUUUAACUUAUUUGGUGUAAUCAGAAACGAGCAGUUUCUGUAUUUUAUAUUGCAACAUCCUAUUUUUGUAUUUUAUCUCUACACAUUUGCAUACUGCUAAAUGAAUUGUCACUUGUUAAAACAACAUGCCCUGUCAAACAAAUUUAAGACAAAUGUUUUUGCUUGUCACCUGAUUGGCUAUGCAAUAGAUAGUCUAGCAGCAGGUCAUAAGCAAUGGCCAGCGCUGUGAAAAGUUGUAUUACUGGUCCCUGUAGAGAUCUGGCUAUAAACAAACUAGUGGCAGCCUAACAAGAUUUCACUUGGAAUCUAAAAUUUGGUUCUGUGCCAUUGACAAAAUUUGUGAUCUGUUUCAUCUGCAGUGUGUAAGGACUUAAAUGCACUUUGAAACAAAGCUGAAGUUUCCAGAACCAUGCACCUGUGUAGCAUCUAAUCAGUCCUGUCCAGUCUAUUUUCCCAGUGUUGUUCUUUCUUGGACAGUUGAAUAAGCACACUAGGUUACCAUGACAUUCCAGUAAACGGGUUCACGUGCUGCUGUAGGUUGUAAUCUCUCUUACCAGCAUUCCCCUGCAGCUCAUUGUAGAUGUAUCGAUAUUUUGUAAAUAAAAAAUUUUGUAAAAUUGUCA